AUGCCAACAAUUAUGUUUUGGAGUCUCAUUAGUUGCAACUUAAAGUGUUCUAAUGUGUUGCCGUGUGUGAAGAACGAUGCCGUUAAUGAUGUAAGCGGCAGCUGUGAGUUGGAUACUGAAAGCUGGAAACUGGAUGCUGAAAGCUGA